AUGCUCUCCUCCUUCCGCAUCCACCACUGUUCCGCUGGUGAAAAUCCGGCAGAAACGUACCACCGGUUAAAGGGUCUGUAUCGUCGUUGGAUCCGACCGGAGGAGCACACCAAGGAGGAGAUUGGAGACGCCAUCAUCCUGGAGCAGUUUCUACGCGUCCUCCCAGGCGAUAUCCGAACCUGGGUGAUGGAGCAUGAGCCGAAGGAGGGGCUAGCGGCUGCCAAACUGACCCAGCAGUACAUCAACGCCAGGAAAGGAGCACGUCAACCAACUCCACCACCAAGGUUUCCACGCCGCGAGGGUCCAACGGCUCAAGAAAACGUCUUUGUGGAGUUCAACCACCAGGAGCUCCUUGACUUCUAUAACAAGCUUGAAGUCGUGCAAGGCCAAUUGGAUUCUUUAACAUGA